AUUACUGUAACCACCCUUUAGGUCCACCCAGCAAGCCCUGUACGACGAAACCAUUCGCCCCCUAGUAGCCUCAGUGCUAGAGGGUUAUAACGGAUGCGUCUUCGCUUACGGACAAACCGGAACUGGCAAAACAUACACAAUGGAAGGCGAGGAGGGUGAGUCGAUGGGGAUCAUCCCUAGAGCGUUCGAACAAAUCUGGGCUCAUAUCGCCCGUAAAACCGGCGUUGAAUUCCUGGUUUCCGUGCGUUAUUUGGAGAUUUACAUGGAGGAAAUCAGGGAUUUAUUGCGUAUAAAAAGCACGAAACCGCACGAGUUACGCGAGCAACCCGGGGAAGGGGUGGUGGUGACCAAUUUGCAUUCGCACACCUGCCAAUCGACCAAAGACAUGUUUAAGGCCAUGAGAACCGGGAAUCAUAACAGGACUACCGGGGCUACGAACAUGAACGAGCACAGUUCCAGAUCUCAUGCUAUUUUUCAGAUAAUAAUUGAAAUGGUUGAGGGCGAUUCAAAGUCCAUGAAGGUAGGUAAAUUGAACUUAGUGGAUCUGGCUGGGAGUGAGCGUCAGUCAAAAACUGGAGCCACGGGGGACCGAUUAAAAGAAGCGACGAAGAUCAACAAGGCGUUAUCCUCCUUGGGUAACGUGAUUUACGCCCUGGCGGAAAACUCCGCUCACAUCCCCUACAGGGACUCGAAACUCACCAGGUUGCUGCAGGACUCCUUGGGGGGCAACAGUAAAACGAUCAUGAUAGCGAACGUCGGUCCGGCCAGCACGAACUACGAGGAAACCAUCAUCACCCUACGUUACGCCUACAGAGCGAAAUCGAUCAAAAAUAAGCCGAUCAAAAACGAGGACAUCAAAGAUGGAAAAUUAUUAAUGUUGCAAACGGAAAUCGAGCGUCUGAAGGCGAUGAUCAUGGAAAAGAGCAACGGGGCCGGUUUUAGUGAGGGACUGGAGGCCGAGGAGGAGUGCUCGGACUCACACAUCUCGUGAGAGUAUAUCGAAAAGGAGAAAAAACUGGAAAUUGGGAAGAUGGAGGUGGACGAGCUGGGCAAGAAGCUGAAGGCCCUGGAGAAGCAGAUGGUGCACGGCGGCAAGGAUAUCGUCGACAGUGUGAACGAGAACGAGCUGAAACUAGAACAGCAACGAGCGGAAAUCGCCGAGAGAAAGAAACGGGAGGUGGAGAUGCAACAACGGAUCGAACUGGAAGAAGAGACUUGCUCGGAACUCAAGCAAGUGUUUGCCAGUUUGCAGCAGCAAGUGGACUUCAAAAGGGACCAGCUAAAAAGGCUCAACAGCAAGCUGCAAUCGGUCAGGCAAGAGAUCAAAGACAACCACGAGGUGUACCUAAAAGACCGACAAGAAAUCGAGAACGCUAACGAUGAAGCAGCUAUGAAUUUAAGGCAGACGUUCCUGAUAAUCGACAAUUUCGUGCCCUCAGAGGAGCGCAGCCGGAUCAUAAACUUGGCCCAGUUCGACGAGGACGCGGACAACUGGAUCAUCAAGAAGGAAAUGCUGAAGAUUUUACCCUCGGAGAGGCCGAUCGCUCACAAUUAUAAGCGACCCAUAUCGGAUUUUGCCAUACAACAGGCCCAAACCCAGUCCAAGUAUCGGGGUGAAAACAUUCUGGACCUGAAACUAGACAUGCCCCUGCGAACCACCCAAGACUACCAACCACCGGUCAUCUGUCCCCAAAUCAAGGCGCUCGUGAGUGACGUCAUGAAAAAAGAGAUGGAAAACGGUCACAUAACCGUGCGCCUUCCUCCUCACUCCGUACUGUCACGUGGCAACGCCACCUCCAAACUGGAGCAGGAGGGAAAGUACAAACACGCCCUCAGAACUCUCGUUGAUGUGGACAGUUUAAAAAACGCUCAGCAAACCCCCGCAAUCGUUACCACGAAAGCGGUACCGCCUCGCUCCGCGAAAUCGCCCUACCCACUGAAACAGGCUUAAGUUUCCACGAUAUCGAGUACUAUUUGUUUAUUUAUUUAUUUAUUGUGAUAGUAGUUGUUACUUUCGGUUUUUUAUACAGCAUUUUAUUUUAAUUUAUUAGCAGGGUUGUACAGUACGUAUUAUGAUCUCUUAUUAUAUUUUAUUUUUAUUA